CUUCACCAUUUCCAGCCCAGCCAACGCCGUCAUUGGGAGGUACAACCUCAGCCUCCGUGUCACCUCAGGCAACAAGAUCUUCUCCAGAUACCUGGGCCAGUUUGUGUUACUCUUCAACCCCUGGUGCCCAGGUAGGUGCCAAUGCCUUUGCUCUUGAGCACAGCUGACCUUGUUGUUUUCCUGCCUGCACAGAGCUGCUCCCUCAGGCUGUCUCUCUUUGGGUCACCAGAGGCUGCAGUCUCAGCUCUGUGCUCAGAGAUCUGGUGUCACUACAUUAAAAAGCUGCUGCCACCCCCCUUGUACCCUAACUCAGUGUGCUGUAUGGGGCUGUAUCACAGGCUCUUCAGAACUGAGCAGAUCACUUUUUCUGUUGACAAGGGCUUCUCUGGGCAAAUUCUUCCAGUGCAUCACUGUCCUCUGGUAAAGGAUUUCUUCCUAACAGCUAAGCUGAAUCUCUCUCUUUUUAGGUUAUAACAGCUCCCCCUUGUCCUAGCAUGCUCAGUCCAUGUGAAGCAUUGCUGUUCCUCCUUUUUAUAAGCCCUUUAGGCACUGGAAGGCCACAAUGAGGUCUCCUUGGAGCCUCCCCUUCCCCAGGAUGAACACCCCCAGCUCUCCCAGCCUGGCUCCAGAGCAGAGGGCUCCAGACCUCAGAGCAGCUCUGUGGCCUCCUCUGGAGGCUCUAACAGCUCCACAUCUUCCUUGUGCUGAGAAUCCCAGAACUGGAUGCAGUGUUCCAGGGGUGUCUCACAAAGGCAGAGCCAAGGGAGACAAUCCCCCACCUCAACCUGCUGCCCACCCCUCUGCUGGUGCAGCCCAGGAUGUGGCUGGCAUUCUGGGUGACAGGCACACACUGCUGGCUCCUGUCCAAUUCCCAUGUUCUCCUUUUGGGUUGAAAAUGGAGACCUCUUGUUGCUCCAACUUUUCUUUUCUGCAUUUCUCCUGCAACAUGCUGAGGCUGCAAAUUUCUAACCUCAUAUUUUGCAACUAUGCAAUAGUGUAGAAACCUGGAUUAGCCUGAAAACAUGACACCCUGGUGUUAAGAGAACUCUUAGCCACCCCAGUGAGUAAACAGCUUAUAAGAGAAAAGUAGCCACAAUCAUCCACUGUUUUUCCCCAUGACCAUAUGUUAGUCAAGAGCCACUAAGAAAUGCGUCAAUAGCCAAGAUGAAAAAAGCUGCUAAUUAGCUCAGCAAGUCCUGGAAGACAGAAAUAAUUAUACAAAUAUGUUCAGGAAACUCAGACCAUCUCUGCACAGUCCUGAGGCAAAAAACCUCCCCAGAAACCUCUGAAAAAUAAUUUGUGUGUAACUUGUAAUUGAUGGAAGCCACAGUGCAGGGACAGCAAUAUGUGACAGCUCCUGAACUGGAGCACCAGCCUGGUCAUGGUACACAAGAGACCAAACUCUUCUCAGAUGAAAACAGAAAAAUUAAGCUGUGCCCAUUACAAUUUUAAACUAAUGAUUUUGUGGAAGUGUCCUCCAGAUUUACCAGAUGAUGCAUUGGCUACUGACAGAUAAAGGGGAGUAUCCUUAAUGCUGAAUGAAGGAUGCUGCUGAAUAAGUUCUGCAGAGUGCAAUAGCUCCCUGAUCCUGAAAAACAGGAACAGAUUCAGUUUGAGGGUGAUGAUGUCUUCAUGUCCAAUGAAAACGAGAGACAAGAAUAUGUUCUAAAUGAAAAUGGAAUAAUCUUUGUGGGCAAUGCAAGGUACAUUGAAGCAAGAGGGUGGUAUUACGGACAGUUUCAAGAUCUCCUAAACAUCUGUCUCACCAUGCUGGAUCUCAGCCUGUACUACCGCCAGGACCCAGCCAUGGACGUGUCCCGAAGGGGAGAUCCCAAAUAUGUGGGUCGAGUCAUCAGUUCUAUGAUCAAUGGAAAUGACAACGACAAUGGAGUUCUCCUGGGGAAGUGGCAAGGAAGUUUCCACUCGCAUGAGAACCCCUCCAGAUGGGAUGGCAGCGUGGUGAUCCUCAAGAAAUGGCGUCAGGACAACUACAGGCCUGUCCAGUAUGGCCAGUGCUGGGUUUUUGCAGGUGUGAUGUGUACAGUUUUGAGGUGCUUGGGGAUUCCAACUCGUUUGGUUUCAAAUUUUAACUCUGCCCAUGACGUGGAUAGAAACCUGAGUAUCGAUAAGUACUAUGACAGCUCUGGAAGGAGUCUUAAUAUCAGCAAGGAUUCCACAUGGGAUUAUCAUGUCUGGAAUGAAAGCUGGUUCAUUCGCCCAGACCUGGGAAGGGCAUACAAUGGGUGGCAGGUUUUAGAUGCAACUCCACAAGAACAAAGCAGAGGAAUUUUUCAGUGUGGCCCUGCAUCUGUCUUAGCCAUCAAAGAAGGUGAAGUCAACCUGGAUUAUGACACCUUGUUUGUGUACUCAGAGGUGAACGCCGACUGCAACAGAUGGAUUGUGUACAAUGAUGGCACCAAGAAAAGAGUUUACUGUGAUACUGAAAUCAUUGGCAGGUCUAUCAGCACCAAAGCUGUGGGCAGCAAUGGCCGUGUGGAUGUCACUGCUAACUACAAAUAUCCAGAAGGUUCUUCUGAGGAAAGACGAGUUUAUAGAAAGGCCUUGAGUAAGAUACUGGGAAUAAAUAUCACAGAAGGACACACAGAAUCUCCUGGGGGAAGAUCUUCAGAGACAAUGAGAAACCCUGGCAUCGCUGGGAAAUUCAAGCUGGCUGAACCUCCCGUGUUUGGCAAAGACAUUAACCUGGUCCUGGUCCUCAGCAACCUCUCCUCCGACCGCAAGAGCAUCAGGGUGGACAUGAGUGCCUCCACCAUCCUGUACACCAGGAGAGCAGUGGCAGAGAUCCUGAAGGCAGCCACUUCUGUGGAGCUUGGUCCUAGACAAGGGAAGCAUAUCCGGGUAAAGAUCCCUUAUACUCAUUAUGGAAAAUAUCUGACCACUGACAAAAGGAUCCAAGUUACUGCUUUGUGUGAAGUCAUGCGCUCGCAGGGGCUGAAGCUGCUGGUGGAGAAGACAAUCAUUUUAGAGGACACAAACAUCAUCAUUAAGGUGCCCCGGAGGAUUGUGGUGAACAGAGCUGUGUCCCUGGAGAUCUCCUACGCCAACCCGCUCCCGGAGCCCGUGAGCCGCUGCGUGCUGCUCGUCACUCUGAUGAACCAGCAGGUCAAGAUCAAUUUGGCACGACUGGCACCGAGGGAGAGAUCAAAAAUUUAUUUUGAGUUCACACCUCGGAGGGCUGGGCCCUUACAGCUGCAAGUAGACUUCUCUUGUGACAAAUUUUCACACGUUAAGGGAUUUGUAACACUUGCAGUAGCACCUGCAUAAUGUGAUGGAAUCAACCUUCCAUUUCAGCAUUAACACAGCAAGACACUCUCCUCUGUAUAGGGACAGUGGUGACAGAAAGGAACUUUGCACAAAAAUUGAUGACCUCUUACAUUGCAAUAGAAUCAAGUCUACUUUCAUGGUGCUUAACUAUUUAGUCUCUAAUUGCAUUUCUCUUCCCUCCCACCCCCUGACAAAAGAAAAAUGAAGCCCUUUCUUUAUAGAAAUAGUUUCACUAUUUUCAAAUCUCAUUCUGUUAAGCUCCCAGUUUUGACUUUUCCUCAAAUAAUUAAUACAAUCUCCUUUUGACCACACUCUAAUUGUCAGCAAUAAAUAAAAAUCAUUCUCAACUGUA